AUAUAGACAUAGUCAUAAAGUCUUGGUUUCUGUUUAGUCAUUUUGGCCUUUCUUGGGGGCUGUGAUGCAAAACCAGAGUUUCCUCUUACCGCAAAUCACUCGCACACACAUUUCCAUCUAAAAACUCUUACUUUCAAAUCAGUCUGCCUCUCUGUCCCCAAACAAAACCUUUUGCCGUUGUUUAUGACUCACAUCACUCACCCUUAAUCCCUGUUCUUGUAAAUCUAUACCUGUGUUUGUGUGUGAUUUUUCCAACCUUUGACAACCAACUUUAUCCGCCAUCCAUUGUUUUCUAUCUCACAUAAUUAGUUAUAACUCCACCUGAUCUGUUUCCUUUCAUCUUUUUAUUUAUAUCAGUAUCAGUAAGUGCUAUUCUUUUUUGUCUGGUACUCCUAACCCAAGUCCAAGUUGUUCUUGGGUUGUGAAUGGAUGUUAUUAAUAAGCAGCAAGGUGGUCUAAAAUGCGGUGAAGUAACCAUGGCUGAGAAGAAGAGAGAAGUGAUGGUGGCGAUUCCAAACGAGCAGCAGCAUAGCAGGGUGAAUUCGCCACACAGAAUAUUAAACGACAACGAGGUUGCCGGAGCAAAGUCGCCACCUUUAAACUGUGCUUCCCCUGAGAUAAGGUUCAUGCCAAGCCCAAACAAGCCCCCAAAAGUUUUCACUUCCAACGCCAACCUCACUCGGCGAAAAUCACUCACAAGGUCAGUGUAUUCCAAACCCAAAUCAAGGUUUGGUGAACAACCUUACCCCAUUGAUGGGACCCUUUUGGAAGAUAAUGCAAACUCAACUUUGCAAGAAAACUUGACUGUUGGUUCGCCAUAUAAAGCAUCACCUAAUAACAACAACAAAGCUGGGACUGUUAAUAGAACAUUCUCCAUCCUGUCUGUGAUCACUCCCAAGACACCGCUGAUGGCGUCUCCCGGGCCGGCCGGGGAGGAUUUCGAUGAAAUCAUUUACAAGAAAGUUGAAUUGAGUAAAAACAAGCGUAGUAGGAGACUGACUGCUAAGAUGUUGUUUGAAUGGUUUGUGUUUGUGUGCAUUGCAAGUAGCUUGGUGGCUAGUUUAGCUGUUGGAAAACUUAAAAGGACCGAGAUUUGGGGUUUGGGGUUUUGGAGGUUGUGUGUGCUUGUGAUGGUGACCUUUUGCGGCAUGUUGGUUACAAGAUGGUUUAUGCACAUUGUUGUUUUCUUGAUUGAGACCAACUUUUUGCUGAGGAAAAAGGUGCUGUAUUUUGUCUAUGGACUGAAGAAGUGUGUCCAGUUCUUCAUUUGGCUUGGUUUGGUUCUUCUCACAUGGGUGCUGUUGAUUAACCGCGGGGUCCACCGAACUGAACUGGCCUCAAAGAUUUUGAAUGGGGUAACAUGGACUCUUGUUUCCCUCCUCAUUGGAGCAUUCCUGUGGUUCGUGAAGACAUUGUUGUUAAAGAUCUUGGCAUCGAAUUUCCAUGUCAAGUCUUUCUUUGAUCGAAUUCAAGAAUCGCUCUUCCAUCAGUACAUUCUGCAGACUCUCUCUGGACCUCCACUUGUAGAAGAGGCUGAGAAGGUUGGGGCAUCGUACAGUGUUGGUCAUUUUAGUUUUAGGAGUACAGAUGGUAAAGGUGGCACAAAGAAAGAGACUAUUGAUAUCGCAAAGCUUCACCAGAUGAAACAAGAGAAAGUUUCUGCGUGGACUAUGAAGGUUUUGGUAGAUGCAAUGACAACUUCAGGGCUGUCCACAAUCUCUAGUGCACUAGAUGAAAGUUUCGAUGAAGGAGAAAAUGAACAAACUGAUAAAGAGAUUACUAAUGAGAUGGAAGCAACUGCUGCUGCCUAUUACAUUUUCAGGAAUGUGGCUGCCCCUGGUUGCACGUACAUUGAUGAGGAUGAACUUCGGAGGUUCAUGAUUAAGGAAGAAGUGCGAAUGGUAUAUCCCCUAUUGGCUGAAGCAGAAACGGGGCAAAUUACUAGAAAGUCCUUAACAGACUGGUUGUUGAAGGUUUAUCAAGAACGCAGAGCAUUAGCACAUGCCUUAAGUGACACUAAAACAGCUGUAAAACAACUAAACAAACUCGUGACCGUACUCCUAGUAGUGGUGAACAUAAUCGUGUGGCUUCUACUGAUGGAGAUUGCAACAACAAAAGUACUUGUAUUCCUCUCAUCACAGCUAGUACUUGCAGCUUUCAUGUUUGGAAACACAUGCAAGAACAUAUUUGAAGCUAUCAUCUUUGUGUUUGUAAUGCAUCCAUUUGAUGUUGGUGAUCGGUGUGUUAUUGAUGGUGUUGAGCUAUUGGUUGAAGAAAUGAAUAUAUUGACAACAGUCUUCUUGAAGCUUAAUAAUGAAAAGGUGUACUAUCCAAACUCUGUCCUGGCCACAAAACCAAUUAGCAAUUAUUACAGAAGCCCAGAUAUGGGUGACCGCGUAGAUUUCUCCAUUGAUUUUAUGACACCAGCAGAGAAGAUUGGGGCACUGAAAGAAAAAAUAAAAAGGUACGUGGAGAGAAAUCCACAAUACUGGCACUCCAAUCAUGGCUUAGUAGUGAAGGAGAUUGAAGAUGUAAACAAGAUUAAGAUGGCUCUCAAUGUUACCCACACAAUGAACUUUCAAGAGUUUGGGGAGAAAACCAAGCGAAGAACUGAAUUGGUGAUGGAAGUAAAGAAAAUGUUUGAAGAGCUCAAUAUCAGAUACAACCUUCUUCCUCAAGGCAUUCAUCUCAGACAUAUUGAACCAAACUCGAGUGUGCUCAAUACAUGAUUCAGCUGCAUGCAUGUGUGUCUCCUAUGUUUCAUUUCAUCUGUCAAAUACCACCAGACCUUUUCUUUGGUUGAUUUAAUUCAUGAUAGUUGUGAGUGGUGCUUUAGUAAAGUAUAUAUAUAUAUAUAUAUAUAUAUAGGGCCUUAAUUAACAGACAGUAUUAACAAAUGUUUUUUCCCUAGAUAUGAUAAUGAAAUUAUGAAUUCAGGACUCUUAUUCUUGACUAUACGAACCUUCAAGUGGAUCCAAUGUAAAAGUAAAAUUUUGUCCCACAAUUGAACUCCUUCCUGUGUCUGGUUAUAA